AUAGCAUCCAUUAGGAUUGGAAAAGGACACCAAAAAGCCACGGAAAGGAUUGUAAAAGGCCUUGAUGCUGGUGCUCUAACAACUCACAACCCUAACUCCUUCUCUCACAUCAACCAGCCGACCACCGACGCCGGAGUGCCAGACCAGCCACCAGCCCACUGUGUCGUUCACACGUGCGCAUCAGGUCACCUCUUCACUCAAUCACUCCUUCAAGCCUUCAAGACAACAAGGCCUUCAAGCCUGCGGCCACGGUGCCACCGCCUUCGGAUCUACGGCGACCACCGGCUAAUUGACCGGAGCGACCAGUCGACCAUCGAAUGCUAUGAGCCUGUGACUUUCUAUUUUUAAUUUCCAAAUUUUUAUCACCCUUUUUGUUUCGAAAUUAUUAUUCUUAAUACAAUUAGAAAGGGUGACUCAUAAGCUCGGAAAUCCUGGAUCCGCCACUGCCAUCACCGUUUACCGGCCACUAUUUUUCACUCUCUGUCGUCCUAUGAACAAUCUCACUGACUUCAAAUUUUUUUAGGGAUUUUUUUGUAGAAAUUGCUCAACAUGAAAAUCAUCCGGUUCUCUCAAAACCUGAAGUUUACAAACAAGAAUUUUACGCCAACUUUUUCGAUUUUCAUUAGAGAUUUUUCUCUUUGGUCAAUGAAGAAAGACCCAGAUCUUGAAUCAGCUCUAACCCAUAACCGCCGUUGGAUUGUGAAUAACCAAAUUAAGAACAUAAUCCUGAGAUACCCUAAUCAGGUAGUACCUGUUAAUUUCAUCCAGAAAAAGUUUAAGACCCUUGAUCUUCAAGGCAAAGCUCUCAAUUGGCUAAACAAGUAUCCAUGUUGCUUUGAGGUCUUUCGAGAAAACGACGAGCUCUAUUGUCAACUAACCAAAAGAAUGAUUUGCCUAGUAGAGGAAGAAGAGGCCAUCAAAGAAGAUCAGGAGCCUGUAUUUGCUGAGCGGUUGGCGAAAAUCUUGAUGAUGAGCUCAAACCAGAGGCUUAAUGUGGUAAAGCUUGAUGAAUUGAAGCGGAAUUUCGGUUUUCCUGAUGAUUAUCUGAUUAGAUUAGUUCCAAAAUAUUCAGAAAUGUUUCGGCUUAUUAAUUAUAGUGGGAGGAAAAGUUCAAUGGAGGUCGAGCUUGUGUCAUGGAACCCUGAGUUGCCGAUUUCGUGCAUUGAAAUGUCAGCUAGCAAGCAGAAUUUAGAGCCUCGCUUUUCGUGUUCAUUGCCUUCGACAUGGAUUAAAUCAUGGGAGAGGUUUAAUGAAUUCAAUUCAACGCCAUAUAUAUCACCUUACACAAAUCCAAGCAGCUUGGUUGAAGGAUCAAAGGAGCACGAGAAAAGGACAGUGGCCUUGGUACAUGAAUUACUAUCACUAACUCUUUGGAAGAAAAUGUCUGUCAUAAAGCUAGGCCAUUUCAAGAGAGAGUUUGCUUUGCCAGAGAAGUUAAAUGUUUUGCUGUUAAAACAUCCUGGCAUAUUUUAUGUAACAAACAAGUAUAAGACCUACACGGUUCUCCUCCGAGAGGGAUAUAAUGCCUCAAAGCUGAUUGACAAGGAUCCACUAGUUGUGGUGAAGGAUAAAUUUGGGGAAUUAAUGCAAGAGGGGCUGCAUGAGUACAAUCAGCGAGGGCGUUUAUUGAAUCUAGAGAAGAGGAAGAAGAAAGGUAUAAUAAUGCCUAAAGUAGAGAAAAGGAAGGACAAGAAUGUGGAGAUAUCCGAAGAAGAAGAUCCGGUAGGUCAGGCUGGACGUCUAUUUGAUCCUGAGGAAAGGAAAAGGUUUUACAAGAUACUAUUUGAGGGCGAUUCCUGAGAAUAUGAGAAUAUGUGGUGCUUAUUAAUUGGGCACUAAUUAAAUGGGCAAGGAAUCUAGCUGCUGUUUUCUUAUAUCAGGAAUAGUAACAUGGAAUGAGCUUAGAAGUUCUCAACCAAUCUAACAAAACGAAGCAAUAGGAUUCCGAGAUUUGAAGCUUAUGCAAAAAUAUGACCCUCGAUUUCGAUAUAGCAUCCAAUACUGUUAUACUUCUAGGUUAUGCUGGUUGUAAGAUAAAAACUCAAGUGCCAUAUUUGAGUAAUUCACCUUUUGUUGAGAUGUCAGGUGAUGAAAUCUUCAUAAAAGCUGGAAUGCUGUAAAUACAAGGGAAAUUGCAGGGUUUUUUCCUCCUUUUCUCCCUUUUGAUCCUGUUUUGGUCUUUCUUUCUGUUUAUUCUAUUGUAGGGUUCUUUGUGACAGCAAUGGCUGAAAGAUAUACUUCUAUGUGAAAUAUUCCAUUUUCUUAUUAAAUCGAUGGGUAGUUUCUUAUCUGAACUCUUCUAUCUUGUGCUCUUAUUACUUUUAUUAUUAGGCCUGUUGUUUUCUUUUGAUUUUGGUCUUUUUGGAUCUCAUUAUUAUCCUCUGACUGAGUGUAAAGUGAACAAAAUCACUAUAUAGUUUCAGUGGAUUACAGUGAAAUACUAGAUUGCCAUUAAGAACUUCUGUAGUGGAUGAAAACUUUGUACCUAUGAUAUAAAUUUGCUAAUUUUGGUGCACUCUUUUUCGAAAAUGUUGUAGUCUAUUGUCUACCUUAAGGAAAUGUUUGGAAUAAAGAACUUACAAUAGUUAUGAAAUAUUAUCAUUCUAAGCCUUUUUCUGAUUGUGAUAUCACUUCUUUUCUGACUAUUUCUUACAUGAAUACAGCUUUUAUCUUAUAUGUAGAAGUCAUUGUUACUUUUAAUCCUGAAGGUAUUAGUGACAGAACUACAAACAGGAAUGUUUGUAGCUGUUUUGUUCUUUGAGUCUGUAUAAUUAUAAUAUUUCUGCUUCUCUUCCUGCUUAUUUCUUUUUACUUAUAUUUCAAUUUAUGCUAAGCAUCCAUCUGUUAUGCAUUAUAGAUACAAUCAUACUCAUACUGCACUGUGGUUUCAACAUUGUGAAAUAUUGACAUCUGAAAUGCCUAAAGGUAGUGACCUAAUAUUAACAAUUAGGGAAUAUUGAAGUUUAUUUUUGUAGGCAAUAAAGUAAUUGCUUUGCAACAUAUAAAAGAUACAGCUUUCAAUUUAGAUCACAACUACAUCCUCACUCUCAUAUACGAUGGAUAAGAGGCUCUGAAAAUUGUUGCUUAUUAUUAAACCUCUGAAAAUUACCUGAAUUCUGUUGCAAAGGUGGACCUAGUAAAAACUUUCUAGAAAUGGGUGGAAGCUCUCUAGUAGAAGCACAAGUUGUUUGCUGUAAAGACAAUUAUCUGCCAAUUUUUAUGUAAAUUGGAGAAUUGUGUUGAUGAAGCUCAAAAGGAUGCAAGAGUGCCAAAAUGUCUGAAAAGUUGUAUCUUAAUAAUGAGCAGCAGUGAUAAGAAAGAAGCAGCCGUGCUGACAGAGACUAAAAAGGUCUUGGAAGAGACACGAACGUGUCUUGGAAAAGCAUGUCGGUGCCAUAUCCAAAUUCAGAACACCAGAAGCCACUGCCAAAGAAAAUUCAUCAAGGCAUGUCUGUGUCCCAGCAGGCAGGCUCGUCCCUGCCCCAACAAACAGAAGCAACAGCAUGCAGCAUUAGACACGUCUGUGCCUUAGGUUAGCACGCCCGUGCCUCAUCAGUUUUGAGCGUGCUCUUUUCUUCUUAGUCUGUGUUUUUCCUUCACAACCCCACACUAUCACGAAUUUCUCUCUCUAUACUACCACACCCUCAACACCCUAAAUUUCAUCACAAUAUUUUUAUCAUCUCCAUUAUUUUCCAUUUCUACACCUCCUACACCAAUUUUCUACGAAAUUCUCACCAUAAUUCACUCAAUCUCUCAUCUCACGAAAAAUUUGAAAAUCCAAACUUUCAAACAAAUUUGGGGGGUUUUCUCAUAUACUCAAUUGGAAGCAAUUUUGUGGCUUGUGGAGCAUUCUAAGGUAUAAUAGACUACAAGAACGGGUCAUUUGUGGGUAUUUGACACCCAUCACAACUUGGGUCAUUCAAGCUGUGUUUGAGUAGACAUCUGACUUUGUGGAUAUAUGAUCCGCAAACGUCUGAAUCUCCUGGUUUCUGUGGCAAGAACCUUUCCAUAACUGAGGGAGCUAGCAGAAAUGGUGAUGCACCUUUCAGUGAUGUGCAACUGUGCAAUUAUUGGUUGAAGCUGUCAAGCUGGGAUAAUCUCACAAUAACUUACUCUGAGCCUCUGAGGCGUCAAAAGUUGCUACCAAAAACGAAAAAGUAAAGGUCACCCGUCACCUCAGUCUCAUACAAAAAUUUUCCCUUGGUGACUUUCAUACCUUUGCAUUUGUCAGAACUCAGAAGAAGCUUCCCCCAGUAACACGAUAAAAACAGGCAACCACAAUCUGCAUUUGAGUUUGUCGAGUGAUGGAAAAGAGGCAAUGAGUCAAAGAACUGCAUUUCUUAUUCAGAUAUGGACAUUGUAUAACCUUUCCGGUGAGAAACUAACAAGGUGCAAGCCCGAAGCCUUGAGCAGAAGCUAUUUGCUGAUUAAUCCUUACAUGUAGUGAUUUGACAUACCAAACAAAGAUUGUUUAUAUUGUCCUGUUUUCAGUAUGUACACCAUUACUUAUGGUAAUGUAAGGUCAUUUACUUAUUAGCA